AUAGUGCUGGUAAUUAUCUUUAACAGCGAGCUAAGCCUGGCACUCCCCAUGCCGUCCUUCGUUCCCAUCUUUCUCUCCAAAUCAAAACACCACAAAGCUAUCUAUUCCCUACAAUUCAUAAGCGUGUGCAGCCAAGCAAGCACCACCGCACGCCUCUGUAUCCCCUGGAAGGGACCAGAUCAUAAAAACCCUCAGAUCUUCUUCCGCUUCAAUUCCUCGUCGACGCUUCCCAAUUCUCGCGAGACUCCAGUUGACUCGGCUUCUGCGCACUGCACCACACUGGGAGUCGAGGCGCCAAGGGAGGGGGAGGGGAAAAGGGGAGACGGUGCAAACGGCGUGGCCGCCAUCUUGUUUGUGCCCCCACUCCGCGCGCGCUCCGUUCUCCGUGACGCACGCUUCCCCCUCCCCUCCACCGUGCCCGGGCCCCUGCACUGCCCGACGCCGCAGGAGCGCGGGGGCGGCUCCUGCUCUUCCCAAGACUGCGCGGCAGGGACGUUUAUCGAAAUGUCCACAGAAGGAGGGUUUGGUGGUACUAGUAGCAGUGAUGCUCAGCAAAGCCUCCAGUCCUUCUGGCCUCGUGUUAUGGAAGAAAUCCGGAAUUUAACAGUGAAAGAUUUCCGAGUACAGGAACUCCCACUGGCUCGUAUUAAGAAAAUUAUGAAACUGGAUGAAGAUGUGAAGAUGAUCAGUGCAGAAGCCCCUGUGCUCUUUGCCAAGGCAGCCCAGAUUUUUAUCACAGAACUGACUCUUCGAGCCUGGAUCCAUACAGAGGAUAACAAGCGCCGCACCCUUCAGAGGAAUGAUAUCGCCAUGGCAAUUACAAAAUUUGAUCAGUUUGACUUUCUCAUCGAUAUUGUUCCAAGAGAUGAACUGAAACCUCCAAAGCGUCAGGAGGAGGUGCGCCAGUCUGUGACUCCUGCCGAGCCUGUCCAGUACUACUUCACGCUGGCUCAGCAGCCCACUGCCGUCCAAGUCCAGGGGCAGCAGCAAGGCCAGCAGACCACCAGCUCCACGACCACCAUCCAGCCUGGGCAAAUCAUCAUUGCACAGCCUCAGCAGGGCCAGACCACACCAGUGACAAUGCAAGUUGGAGAAGGUCAGCAGGUACAGAUUGUCCAGGCGCAACCUCAGGGUCAAGCCCAGCAGGCUCAGAGUGGCACUGGUCAGACCAUGCAGGUGAUGCAGCAGAUCAUCACUAACACAGGAGAGAUCCAGCAGAUCCCGGUGCAGCUGAAUGCUGGUCAACUGCAGUAUAUCCGCUUAGCCCAGCCUGUAUCAGGCACUCAAGUCGUGCAGGGACAGAUCCAAACACUUGCCACCAAUGCCCAACAGAUCACACAGACAGAGGUCCAGCAAGGACAACAGCAGUUCAGCCAGUUCACAGAUGGACAGAGGAACAGCGUGCAGCAAGCCCAAGGCUCUGAGCUAACGGGAGAGGCAGAGCCCAGAGAAGUGAAAGCCACAGGAAAUGCAACUCCCUGCACCUCUUCCCUGCCCACCACACACACUCCCUCCCACCAGGCUGAUGCCUCCUGUGUCUGCUGCUCCCUGCCCCAGCAGAGCGCCACACCUGCUCCUCCCUCUGAUGCCUUGCAGUGGGUGGUGGUUGAGGUUUCUGGGGCCCCCAACCAGCUCGAGGCCCAUAGGGAGCUGCAUGCCCCUCUCCCAGGGGUGACCUCACUCUCUCCUCUCCACCCCUCGCAGCAGCUCUACCAGAUCCAGCAAGUCACCAUGCCUGCGGGCCAGGACCUCGCCCAGCCCAUGUUCAUCCAGUCAGCCAACCAGCCCUCGGAUGGGCAGGCCCCCCAGGUGACCGGCGACUGAGGGCCUGAGCUGGCAAGGCCAAGGAUACCCAACACAAUUUUUGCCAUACAGCCCCAGGCGAUGGGCGCAGCCUCCCUCCCCAGAGGACCCUGCCGACCUCAGCGCCUCCUGCAGGCUAGGACAUUGGUGCACUACACCCCACGCCUGUGGGCCGAGAUUUUCCAACAAAAAGAUGCAAUAUUUUUUAUUUCCUUUUUUUUCCACUUUUUUUCUCCAAGAAAUCAAUAUUUCAAUGUCAAGCUGUGUGUCCAAUGCUAUGAAAUGAGAAUAUUAAAUAACAUAUUUAUGGCAUUUUCUUGAAGUGUGUGGUUGAAGAAAUAUUUCUCCUUUGGUUUUUCUUGUUCUGCUUCUCACCGCCACUUGUUUUAAGAGAUCUUCCUGGGGUGCAGAGGAUAUCCUGAUUCUUAGAACAGCUGCUGUCCCAAGAUUUGCCACCUUGUUCUGUGUUCAGACAGGGUCAGGUGAAUGUGUGCAGCUUCUUUUCUCUCAUGCUCUUCUCCCCAUCCCCAUCUCCAUUUUCACCCGGAGCUCUAUGUUUGUAUCCAGAGGCCACAGGAAGCAUUCCUUGCAUUUUGGAGAUGAACUCAUUCCCCAUGGAGAGCAAUGGUUUAUUCCUACACCUUUCUCUCCUGGGAACCCAAGGAGACUAGAAUUUCGUGUAUGUGCUGCCCUCCUCCUUUAUUUUAUUUUUUUAAAUGCAUUAAAAAUUGUGCUAGUCUCCUUUGCUGCAUGGACUUCAAAACUGCAUGAAAUGCAAUAAAUCUCAUUUUAGAUAC